CCAAUUUGCAGGAAUUACGGUGACAUUUGGAGAGUGCACAUCGCGUGGAUGGACUAGUGUAUGUUUAAGGAGUGUUUAUAAGGUAGAUAUGCUCGACAGUGACGUAGGAGUGGGUCCCGACGUAGGCUGAAAACGGGGAUAAAUUCGGCACACUCAGACCCCGGCCCGCUGUGGCGUUAGGUCCGCUAACAUGGAGUUCCCUAUAGCUGCGUUCCACAGCACUUACUCCUAUCACAGAAUGGCGCCCCAAAAUCGCAUUAGUUUGGACCCGAAGGACAAUGGGAAAGAUUCGUCCUUCCUGCCCGAGUCGUGGACGAACAAGCUGUGGCCAAGUAGUAGCGAAACUGACGGAUCUAGUUUCUGUCCCUGUCCGAAAGUUAAUGUCCUGUGCGAUCGACUUGGGGAGGCGGCAACCUGUAAAAGCGGGUUCAUGCCGAAGAGAUAUAUAGUGGCAGUGUUGGCGUGCUUCGGCUUCAUGAUCCAGUAUGGCAUCCGCACGAACCUGGGAAUCGCCGUGGUGGAUAUGGUUAACAACCACACACUGGGAGACUUACAAGUGCCAGCACCAUUUCACUGGUCGCAGAUUACAGUCGGUAUCAUCCACGGCUCCUUCUUCUGGGGCUUCCUGCUGACAAAAGUCCUGGGAGGAUACCUGGCGGUGCGAUUUCCUGCUAAUAGAGUGUUUGGGGCAUCCGUGCUGUGCUCGGCCUGCCUACACAUGCUGGUUCCCGUGGCAGCUGACUUACACUAUGGCGUCCUCAUCUUUAUCAGAAUCCUACAGGGCCUGUCUGAAGGCAUGACGUUCCCGUCGUCCUACGGUGUUCUGAGUAAGUGGGCGCCGCCUCUGGAAAGAAGCAGACUCACGUCCAUCAUGGUCACAGGCCAAUAUGCGGGGAUUCUGUUCGGCAUGCCCCUAUCCGGAGUGGUGACUGAGUACGCCGGCUGGCCGUAUGCAUUCUACAUGUACGGGGCGUUUGGCAUCACAUGGUCCGUGAUCUGGGCCUUGUGCGUGUGGGAGUCGCCUGCCAAAGACCCCACUGUGAGCGAGGAGGAGUGCCUCUUCAUAGAGAAGAGCCUGGGCGAGUUCUACCAGGGAACCAAUCAUCAGUCUACCGCCCAGGACACGCCGUGGAGAGACAUCCUGACGUCUCCUCCCGUGUACGCCAUCCUGGUGACGGACACCGCCUUCAAGUGGACCCUCUAUCUCCUGCUCACCAACUCACCGUCCUACUACAUGCAGGCAUUCGACAUGCAGGUCGAAGCUUCCGGUCUGAUCACAGGCAUGCCGUUCCUGUUCCUGGCGCUGUGUCUGCCCGUCGCCGGCAGUGUUGGAGACUGGAUGCGCACCAAGGAAGUCAUGACCACCACCAAUGUCAGACGACUCUUCAAUACCGUGGGUCUGUCCGUGGAGGCGCUGUGUUUCCUCAUCAUCGGCUGUACCAACAGUCCUGUCGCCUCCAUGACUCUUCUGUCGGUCGGCAUGGCUUCAGCCGGUCUUACCUUAGCUUCAGGUUAUAACGUGAACGCCCUGGACAUAUCCCCCCGGUACGCCAGCAUCAUCAUGGGUCUGUCCGGCGCCAUCGCCACCUUUUCAGGCAUCCUCUGUCCGAUAGUUGUGGGGACUAUCACCUAUGACAAGACUGCCAAACAGUGGGGCUAUGUGUUCAUCAUCUCGGCGGUCAUACUGAUCUCCAGCGUCGUGGUCUACUUCUUCCUCGCCUCGGGGGAGACUCAGCCGUGGUCCAAUCCCAAGCCGCGCCCCGACGACGACGACGCCGACGAGGAAGACGUCUUCGUCAAGAAGUCGAAAAUUCCCGAGUGGAUGAAGAAGCCGAAAGUUCCCGAAUGGCUCCGAACGGCCGGCGACGGCAAACCGAGUGAGCCCGAGCCUCAGGACGAAGCUGCCGCGAAGGACGCUGGGAAAAAGGCUACGGACAAGCUUAUGGCACAGCCUGUUGUUGACGACGGGUCCCCGAUAGACUGGGUGGAUGGGUCAACGAACUUUGUACAAAUAGCCCCUGAGGAUCCGUAUAUGUACAAUACAGAGAGGGAUUUUUAAAUAAGCGAACCACUAGCAAGAUAGAAAAGUUUGCGUUACACUUAUUGUGAUUAUAACACUUACAGCGUUAUUGUGAUUCCUAGGUGAGUGAUAGGGCAAUGAUGAAAUUAGUAAUUGUCCAGUAGCUAGAGAAAUAUAUCUGUAGAUGUAAAUGGGUAGCAUCGUAGGACAAUUGAGAUUUAAGAAACGCAAAAGUCAUUCACUACGCUCACGUGCCCAAUAUGUGAGACAGUCAUAAGCGCCAAUACUACAACGACGUUAUCAGAAUCAUGACUACAAGUACAACAACGUUAUCAGAUUAUGUAACAUCACCACACAGGCACACACCAAUGUGUACUUCUCAAUCAUGGAUUAAACUAUAGGUUGUGACUCAUGAUAUAGAUGCCAUUAUAGGACACCUGUGUUGAAGCUAAGCUGUCAACUUAUGUGAACAGUUCAAUAUCAAGCCAAAGUGAGAAGUUAGUAGAAUAUUACUUAUCCAAUAUUGAAGCAAAAAUAAAGUUCUUAUUCAUAUAGCAAUCCUAUCAAAUGUCUUUACGAUUUUUCCUCAGAAUUGAAAGUCAUUAAACUAUAAC